CCUGCGCUCGCCUACAGUGCAGCACCUGCCAUGUCUACAGAGGGGCAGAGAGUUGAUGAUAGUCCAAGCACUAGUGGAGGCAGCUCUGAUGGAGAUCAGCGUGAAGGUGUUCAGCAGGAACAAGAAAGGGAGCAAGUUCAACCCAAGAAAAAAGAGGGCAAAAUAUCAAGCAAAACAGCUGCUAAACUGUCAACUAGUGCUAAAAGAAUUCAGAAAGAACUUGCAGAAAUUACAUUAGACCCUCCUCCAAACUGUAGUGCUGGACCCAAAGGAGACAACAUUUAUGAAUGGAGGUCAACUAUACUAGGGCCUCCAGGAUCUGUAUAUGAAGGUGGAGUUUUCUUCCUUGACAUCACCUUUUCACCGGACUAUCCUUUUAAACCACCUAAGGUAACAUUUCGGACCAGAAUCUACCACUGUAAUAUUAACAGCCAAGGCGUCAUCUGCCUGGACAUUUUAAAAGACAACUGGAGUCCAGCAUUAACCAUUUCUAAAGUUCUCCUCUCCAUCUGCUCCCUCCUCACAGACUGCAACCCGGCUGACCCCCUGGUUGGAAGUAUUGCCACUCAGUAUAUGACUAACAGAGCAGAGCACGACAGAAUGGCCAGACAGUGGACCAAGCGAUAUGCCACAUAGGAACCUACUCUAGGAUUUGCUGGACCUGUGCAAGCACAUUCACUAAGUGCAUCAAUAGCCCUUCCCUUCAUUCUUAUUUUUUAUUAAAUUUUGAACCAUUUUGUGACAAAAGGUUGUCCUUACUUUCUUUUUGGUUUUAUUUUUAUUUUUAUUUGUUUUGGGUUUUUUUGUUCUGUUAACUUGACAGUUGUUUCCCUCAAAUGUAGACAGGGAAUUUUGGUUAUCAGUGCAAAGAAUGUUGGAUCUGUAAUAGUAUAGAGCUUUGUCACAAAGCUUUGUAUUAAUGUGUGGGGUUUUUUUCUUUCAUGUGGUUUUUGGGAAAACAAACAAAUUCAGAAUUAUAUCUUGUUUCUACUUAAAUGUAGUGUUUAGGGUUAUUUUUUUGUACUGAAGUCUUUAAUGGUGGGUGCAUGCUACUGGGAACAAGUUUUGUAUAAAAGCUUAAAAUCAAGAAUCACUGUGCAUUACUAAGACUGUGUUUAUCACUAGCCUUCUGUUUCCCACACAAAAGGCUAUUGCAUUGAACAAAUUAAUAUGUAUUUUGAUUUACUUAAAAAAAAAAGUGCUUGUAAAUUUCUUAGGGACCUGCCACUUUUGACUGUGGAUCAGUUGAUGUACACUUGUAUUAUUAAAGCACUCAAUAAAACACUGUGGCUGAUAAAUGCA